AUGGUUCUCUUCUCUGCUGCACUGGCUGCUGCUGCCAGCCUGAGCUUGCUUCCGCAGGCUGCUGUUGCAGCCGUCAACAUCUCCUCGCUGCCCGCGCCGGAGGCUGUGUCGACCCUCGUGGUGCUUGUGAUGCAUGCUCAGACAGACUAUUGGGCGUUUCCCCCUUGCACAGAGCUGGCGGCACGAGGCUUCACCGUCCUCUGCGCCAACAAUGCAGCCUCGAAGCUGAACAUGUGGCCCGAUGCCGAUCUGGAGUUCUUGAUGCAGAACGUGGCCGAGAUGGUGGGGUGGAUCCGUAACCAGACUGAGUUCUCCAAGAUCGUCUUAUGGGGACACAGCGGUGGCGGUUGCCUCAUGUCUGCAUAUCAAAACAUUGCCGAGAAUGGCAUUUCGGCAUGCAAUGGGACUGAAAAGAUCUGGCCCUGUGGUGACGAGGUAGCAGGCCUCCCCCCAGCCGACGGCGUCAUCCUGCACGACGCCAACUAUGGCCUGUCGACCAUGAUGUUCCUGAGUCUGAACGCAGCCAUCAUCAACGAGACGACGCUCGAGACAGACCCCUCCCUGGACAUGUACAGCGCGACCAACGGCUUCAACACGUCUGGGCCCAGCAACUUCAGCGAGACCUUCAUGGAGGACUGGCAGACGGCCCUUGUGGAGCGCAACAACCGCCUCAUCAGCCACGCCGAGGACCGCUGGACCGCCAUCAUCAACAACGAGUCCGUGUGGGCCGACGAGGAGGGCUUCCUCGUGGCCGACGCAGCCUACGGCGAGGACAACAACAAGAUCUUUGCCGAGGACCUCAAGUAUCUGUCGCACACGACCAACCCGUGGCCGCUGAUCCACAACAACGGCUCCAUCACCACGGAGAUUGUCUACAGCGUGCGCGUGUCCGAGUCGCCCACAUCCGACCUGCGGUCCUACAUCAACGGCGCCCUCAAGACCACCGUGGGCCGCUUCCUGCGCAUUUUUGCCCUCCGCGUCGAGGACGACUUUGCCUACGAGGAGGACGACCUCAGGGGCAUUGUCUGGAACUCGAGCCACCUGGUCCCGCGCAACGAGGUGCGUGGCAUCUCGGUGCCCCUCCUGACCAUGGGAAACACGGGCCACUGGGAGUAUCUGAAUGCCGAGAAGGAGGCCCUCGCCCACGGCGGCAAUGACACCACCACGGCCUUUGUCGAGGGGGCUUCCCACUUGAUCACCCCCUGCACCGAGUGCGAGACGUAUCCUGGCGAGUAUAACAACACGGUUAAGAACGCAUUUGACUUCCAGGCCACCUGGUUGGCCAAGCCGGGUCGCUUCUUCUAG